GCCGGCGGCUCGGCAUGGGGGCGCCGGGGCGCGGGGUCGCCGGCGGCCGGGGCCCGGCGGGAGAAUAUCCAGUUAUGGAUAAAAAUGAGCUGGUGCAGAAGGCCAAACUGGCCGAGCAGGCUGAGCGGUAUGAUGACAUGGCAGCCUGCAUGAAGUCUGUAACUGAGCAAGGUGCUGAGUUAUCUAAUGAGGAGAGGAACCUCCUCUCUGUUGCUUAUAAAAAUGUUGUAGGGGCCCGUAGGUCAUCUUGGAGGGUCGUCUCCAGUAUCGAGCAGAAGACGGAAGGUGCUGAGAAGAAGCAGCAGAUGGCCCGGGAGUACAGGGAGAAAAUUGAGACGGAGCUGAGAGACAUCUGCAACGAUGUGCUGUCUCUUUUGGAAAAGUUCCUGAUCCCCAAUGCUUCGCAAGCAGAAAGCAAAGUCUUCUACUUGAAGAUGAAGGGCGACUACUACCGUUACCUGGCUGAGGUUGCUGCUGGGGAUGACAAGAAAGGAAUUGUGGACCAGUCACAGCAAGCAUACCAAGAAGCAUUUGAAAUCAGCAAAAAGGAAAUGCAACCAACACAUCCUAUCAGACUGGGUCUGGCCCUUAACUUCUCUGUGUUCUAUUAUGAGAUUCUGAACUCCCCAGAGAAAGCCUGCUCUCUUGCAAAAACAGCUUUUGACGAAGCCAUUGCUGAACUGGAUACAUUAAGUGAAGAGUCCUACAAAGACAGCACGCUAAUAAUGCAGUUACUGAGAGACAACUUGACAUUGUGGACAUCGGACACCCAAGGAGACGAAGCAGAAGCAGGAGAAGGCGGGGAAAACUAACCGGCCUUCCAACCUUUGUCUGCCUCAUUCUAAACUUUACACAGUAGACCAUUUGUCAUCCAUGCUGUCCCACAAAUAGUUUUUUGUUUACGAUUUAUGACAGGUUUAUGUUCCUUCUAUUUGAAUUUCUAUAUUUCCCAUGUGGUUUUUAUGUUUUAAUAUUAGGGGAGUAGAGCCAGUUAACUUUAGGGAGUUACUUGUUUCAUCUUGAGGUGGCCAAUAUGGGGAUGUGGAAUUUUCACACGAGUUACACACGUUUGGCAUAGUACUUUGGUACAUUGUGGCUUCAGAAGGGCCAGUGUUAAAACUGCUUCCAUGUCUAAGCAAAGAAAACUGCCUACAUACUGGUUUGUGCUGGUGGGGAAUAAAAGGGAUAAUUGGUUCCAGUCAUGAGUGUAGUUGUUGUGGGUACUUUAAGGUGUGGAGCACUUGUGAGGCUGUGGUACACACACACACACACACACCACACACACCCCUUGGAUACACCUCGGGAUUGUGUGUCUCUGCGUGCACACUCUUGGCCACAGCUCCAGAAGUGGUCCUUAGAUAAAAGUUGUGACCCAAUUUACUCCAAUAAGGGCAGAAACGGUUCACAUUCCAUUAUUUGUAAAGUUACCUGCUGUUUGCUUUCGUUAUUUUUGCUACACAUUUUAUUUGUAUUUAAGUGUUUUAGGCAGUCUAAGAACAAAUGUAAAAGUAAAGACGCAGUAAAAUGAAUUGCUUGGUGUUCACUGCUCCAUGUGUAUCAAGCACAGCGGGAAACAAAACCCCAUGUAUUUAACUUUUUUUUGUUUUUUGUUUUAUUUUUUUGCUUUUGUGAUUUUUCUUUUUUGAUACUUGCCUAACAUGCAUGUGCUGUAAAAAUAGUUAACAGGGAAAUGACUUGAGAUGACGGCUAGCUUUGUCUUAAUGUCUUAGGAAAUUUUCAUGAACAAUCCAAGCAUAAUUGUUAAGAACACAUGUAUUAAAGUUCAUGUAAGUGGAAUAAAAGUUUUAUGAAUGGA